AUGGGGUCGGUUCCUGAUCUCCCUUCUUCUCACCAUUAUUAUCUCAAAUCCAAAAGUCUAUCGUUACUGACUUCUCAAAGACAUCAAUAUCUCAAUCCUCAAAGAGCACAACAACAACCUCAUCUUCCCCAAUAUCAACCACAACAGCGAAGUAAUCUACUGCAAGUCACUAGUCCUAUCCAAACUUCAGUGACUCGCAAAUCACAUAAAGCAAAAUCAAAUCCAUAUUCAACAAAAAGAAAAUCAGAUGAAUCAAAUAUCACAUCCUCAACUAACACCAGCGCUACGGUGGUGAAUCAUUGCUACAAUGAGGAUAUCUUUCUCAAUGGCAAUGUCAAUAUGAAUCCAAUGCACCAGAAACUUUCCAUCAAUCUAGAUAAUCAGAAAGCAAAUGAUUUCUUAUCGGAUUACUACGGUAUCGAUGAUGCCGUAUCUACAGAUACCUCAAAUUACAACAUGUCUUCCACCUUUAUGUUUCCGAGACCACCAGCCAGGUCAAUCAUGGUACAUUCAGGUGAUGGAAGUAGCCAUGGCAGUAGGAAGAGCAGUAUCAGUUUGAGUAGAAGUCAGAAAGGAUAUGAGAGUCCUGUGGGAUUAGGUUUGCAACUCGGUCAAAACACAACAACUAAUAAUAAGAACAAUAAUAAUGAUGAUCGGUUCACAAUGCAAUCAUCACUAUUUGAAAAAAGCGAUCUUCAUCAAAACUACUCUUACCCUAAAAAUAUUGAAUUUUUCGGUUCUAACAUGAAUCCUGACCAUGCCCGAAAUUUUUCAAUUGAAUCAUUUUCAAUUCAUUCCUCGUCAAUUUUGAAUUACCCAAUGAUGCCCGACUCACCUAAUUGGAUUGAACAGUAUUCAGAUUCGCUAAAUAACAACAUAUUUCAAAUGCCUUUGGCACAAAAUUACUCCUCCAACAACGACAACCAAGUAUUCAAGGUGUUUUCCAGUUUAUUGAAUUCUCUAUUGGGCUACAUUCAAAAAUCUAAUGAAUUGAGAACCGAAUUUUGUGAUGAGUUCUCUUACAAUAUUGUUGUGUCCCAUCUAUUAAAUGAUAAGAUACUAGUGUCAAACUAUUAUGAUUCAGUGGUGCAAGAACUGGGACCCAACCUUAUGGAUGGCAAAAUGAGGCACAGUCUGGGUAAAUUUUCAAAGCAGAAAUUGCCAAUCAAAUCUUGGGAAAAAAUCCUCAUAGUCCAGGGCGCUACUCAAUGUGAAAUCAAACUAUUCAAUAAUAGUUCAUUGAAAGUAUAUGUGUGCGUCAUCCAAUUAUUGAAAUUUAAAAACAAGUUGCUAGCGUUGAAUAAGAAGGGCCACAGUGGUAAUCCCACCUCCGUUAUUUCUGACAAAAACCUCUUGAUAUCUUUAGUACUUUGUGAAUUGGUCAACUUAAGAAAACUCAUGAUCAACAGGCUUAUUUAUUUUUUCAAUGUUCAGUCCAAAGCUAUGAAAUUCUUGAGAUCUAAAUUCAUUGAAACCAACAAAAAAUUUGAUGUUUUGUUGAAGAAAUUAUUAUUUAAUUUCAAAGAAUUUGACAUAUAUCAUCAAAUUCCCCAUAGUGAUGCUAUCCCAGAUUUUUCCAAAUCUAAAGUUUUGCGAAUCAUGAAUAAUCCAAGUAUCGGCACUAAAACAAUAAACCAUAUAAUAGAAAAUCUAAACUUUGUUGGAGGUUACUUAAUUCUUAAAUCAGCUAAUUUUAUUGUCAAGUGGAUUAAGAGCAAAAAUAUGCAAAUGAUUUCUACGUUGGAGAGAAUUCUUUUCAAUUACUUGAAAAUUCAUAACUUGAGUAUUGAAAAAUUAUAUAAGAUCAUAUUGGCUCAUCACAUAUAUGCUCAUGCUGACCAUGAUAAUUGUGACAUUGGUAUAAGCUCAGGCUUGAAACCUUUACAAUUGACAAUGAAAUCAUCUACUAUUGGUACCGAUGGUACUGUUGUUGAUUUAUGUGAAGCACCGUUCAUCUCAUCUUUGUCCGAUCAUCACCCAAACUAUCAAGACAGUGAAAAAUCUCAAUCGAAAAAUAUCGAAGCCUCCAAUUCAAACCAGAGUUUUCUGAAUGAUCUUAAACAGUUCGAGGUCAGUAUUGAUAACUUUCAUUUGAUUAGAAAAUUUUACUUAAUUAUUAUUUUGGUGAUUGUUAAUGAAGCAGGUUUUGAGAAUGAUGGAGAUGUAUUUAAUUGUGAAGAUGAAGGAGCUGAUUACAUGGCUCUGGCCAAUAUAUUGAACAUUUUGAGGCGAAUAGGUAAAUGUGAGAGCCGCAAUGAUGACCUUAUUUUGGAUUUAUAUGAUGAAUUUGAUUAUCACGGAGAAUUCUUUAGUCGAUUAUAUGGUGUCACCGAAGAUUAUCUACAGUAUAAUGGUUUGGGAGGGUUUAUAAAAAAUGAGCAGUUACGUGAAAUGAAUUCAAAUAGCAAUCAUCAGAAAUAUUCCGGUAGCCUUUUUGGAAGCAAACAGCAAGAUCCAACUGGUAGUACUUUAUCAUUUCAAGGCAACACAGUGUUUAAAAAAUUGAGCCAUAAUUUAAAUAAAGUAAGUUUUAAGUUGUCUCGAUUUGAAAACAGAAAUGCUUCAUCAGAACCUAAGGCUUCGAUUGAUCAAGAUAUGUUGAAAACUUUUGGUGCCAUUGAACGAGACUUAUCCAAUGUUUUGUCAUCUUAUCAAGCCUCGCUCCGUGAUUUCAAAGCUUCUGUUGUUACUCUGCAGUCUUGUUCAAGAACCAAGACCAACAUUUCUAGGAAGCGAAUGUCUUUGCCAGAAAAUCGGUUGAAAUCAUUAGCGGCAAUCCAAUCACCAAGAGUUGGUUCUAGCAACAUUAUUGGAAGAUCGCAACAUAUUAGCAAAAAUCACCAACUGCGCCAAUCAUCACUUAGUUCGAUAGUGAGUCCCCUGAUAAAUGAAGAGCACAUUAUCGUAUCCCCUUCGGUAAUACAGCCUCCUUCGAUGUCCAAUUACAAAAGAUUAAGCACUGGCUUACAAUUUUCAUUGUUGAAAAUAUCAGAGUAUGGCGAAGCGUUUGAUGGUGAUAAUAACAAUUCAAAAGUUGUUAGCUAUGAUGAUAAUUAUCUCAACAUUUAUAAAAAUAGCAAUUUAGGUGUUGCUAAUGAUGAUAUUAGCUAUAAUGAUGUUUUAGGACAUCUCAAUGGCUCCGAUGAUGCUAAUGGGAAGCACGAAUUUGGUGACUUGAAUGGAGAAAAAACAGGAGAUGAAAGUGAUGAAGAAAAGAAGUUCACGAAAAAGGAUUUGGAAGAUGAACUAACUAGAAGAUUUGAAGUUAUGAUUAAGAGUCACAAAGCAAAUAACAACAAUGAGGAGCACCUGCUCAGUCAAAAAGAUGAUGAAGUAAAGAAAGUGGAUUUGCAAACCAAUGAUAAUUCUAAAAUCAAUGGCUUUAUGGACCGUAGAAGCUUUUUGAGCGAGCUACAAAACAGCUUGUCUAAGAAUAAUCAAAAUAAUGUGGAGUCUGUUUUUGAAGGAGGCGAGGAAUGA